AUGUACACCGACGAGGACAAGCAGCGGGUAGAACAAGAUAGCAUGAGAGCCGAGGAAGCCGAGAAGCAGGCGAGGGCUGCACAAGAGGAGGCUGAGGAAGCCUUGGCUGUGGCUGCAGAGGUUGCAGAAGACGCCCGAAACACGCAGGAGGCUGGACAGAAGCUGAAGGUUGAGAUACCUCCUGUGGUCUAUGUAACGGAUGUGACACUGGGUAGGGGAGCCGUCACCUGUCAAAUUUCUGGCAGAGAAAUCGUAACGGCACCUCGGAGCGAACAGCUUAACUGA